GCUUUGGGCCCGCAGAUGCGGCUAGACGUAAACGAAGGUGGAACAAUCUAUCUCCAGCCUACAACGUCAUUCGCAUCCUUAAAAUGUCCAGACAUCCGCUGCAGCUCCCUUCGUUUCUCCGUCCCUUUCUCCCGCACAACCUUGCGAGCUCAGGAUCAACUUCAAACAUCUCAGAAUUGCCAUGAGCCGCAAGCUCACAAUCGCCAUCUGUGGAGGCGGUGUGGGAGGACUGACAUGCGCCGUCGCAUUGUCCCGCAACAAUAACAUUCAGGUUGAUAUAUACGAAGCCGCGAGCAGGUUCGCCGAAAUCGGGGCCGGCAUCGGCGUCUGGCCUCGCGGCAUGCGAGUCCUGCAGGCGUUGGGCCUUGAUCGCGAGCUCGCGAACGUCGCCAUCGUCGACCCGGAAGAGAGACAGAAAGUUGUCUUUGAGUUCCGUAAAGGCGACCAGGCCGAAGGCCAGAGCUUCUACACGCUCAAGACUCCCGGCGGCCUCACCACCUUCCACCGCCCCGACUUCCAGUCCGUCCUCCUCCGACACGUCCCGCCCUCAUGUCGCACACACACCAACAAGCGCCUCGUCUCAUACACCCAACCACCACCAAACAGCAGACAUCCCACCCCCUCCCCCAUCACGCUCCACUUCCAGGACGGCACCACCGCGACAUGCGACCUGCUAAUCGGUGCCGACGGCGUCAGAUCGUCGGUGCGCGCCACGCUCGUGCGCGAGCUGGCGGGCGCGGCGAUGGCCGAGGGACGCGCGCGGGAAGCGGAAGAGCUCCGACAUGCUGAUAAAGCCCUGUGGAGUGGGAUCUGUGCGUAUAGGGCAACGAUACCGUCUGAUGCUCUGCGAGCGCGGAUACCCGGGCAUCGGGCGCUCAGAGAGCCUCUAGUGUAUUUUGGAAAGGAUACGCAACUCACAGUCUACCCCGUCGCCCGAGGAAAGAUCAUCAACUUUGCCGCCUUUAGGGCACAAUAUAGUCGAGAAAACACCACGCUAGACGCGCCGUACAUCGAAGAAGUGCCCAAGGAAGCCCUCCUGCACGAGUUUCGCAAAUGGGAGCCAGAAGUGCAGGCACUCUUCCAGUGCGUCCCAAAGUAUAGCCGAUGGGCGAUCCACGUCACGCCGCGGCUGCCGACAUUUGUUUCUGGGCGAGUCGCCCUGCUUGGAGACGCGGCGCACGCGAUGCUGCCCUUCCAGGGAACCGGCGCCGGCCAGGCCAUCGAGGAUGGAUACCUGCUCGCGGCGUUGCUCAUCCAUCCGCGCACGACGCUCUCGAAUCUGGCGCAGGUGCUGCAUAUAUACGACGCGGUCCGCCGGCCGGUCGCCCAGCGCGCCGCAGCGAAGGCGCGCGAGGCCAGCAUGCUCUACACGCUCAACUACCCCGGCCUCACGCCGGACCACAUAGAAAAUGGCCACGCCGCGGAGACACUGGGCGCGAUCGCUGAUAGGAUCCGCGAGAAUUGGGUGUGGCAGUGGGAGACGACGCUGGACGAUGACGUGAAUCGGGCCAUUCGUAUGCUGGAGGCGAGUUGCCAGUGAUGCUGCGUGGGCCGAGUCUUUGUCUACACAUCCCUACCUGUGCUCCGAGGGCCUCUCGCGCCGCGCGGCUGUGGCGGCGUACGCGAGCCGGCUAGGACCCGUUUUUGCAGAUGUCCUGCUGACGAGGAAGAACUGCCGAUAUCCUGUCUCCGACGCGCUAUACCUUGGUCCGGUGUGAUACCACUGUUUUGGCCUUAUGUUGUCCUUUUACGCUGCUGAUGAUUGAUUACGAUGGAUUAGCUGGUCGUGUCGCUGCGCUGGCAGGUGCGUGAUGGUGAGCGCCGUCGUCAUGGUCGGCAGUACCUG